AUGCAAAGUUUUAAAAAGAAGUUAAGAGAGCUAGUCUAUUCUUUCAGUACAGAAGAUCAUUACGCUGAAUAUGAUGAAGAUGAUACCCAUUUUUCAAGACCAACUUCUAAACCAUAUUCUGCUUCUACUACAAACUUAACUGAUAAUAUAGAUCUCGAAAAUAAUGAUUUCCACAAUAUUCAACUAGAAGAUAAUAUUCCAGACAAUACCGAAGUUGCUGACGGUGUUAGUGAAGUUUUGUUAGCUUGGAAGCACAUCGAUAAAUGGACUGAUGAACAUAAUCCAGAUUUAAAUGCCUCUUUGGGUGACCCUUGUACUCUAAAUGAUAUUAAUGAUGUCGAAAAAGAUUUGGAUAUAAGUUUCCCUCCUUGUGUUCGCGCUAGUAUGCGAACACACGAUGGUCAAGAAGAUUUAGAAUCUUAUACUGGUGUUUCUGGUUUAAUUUAUGGUUUGCAAUUAAUGCCUAUUGAUGACGUUGUAAAUAUGACAAAUGCCUGGAGAAAUGUUGCUGUAAACAUCAAAAAAUCAGAUGAAAAGAAAUUGCAACAACAACAACAACAACAAUCAUUGUCUUCUGAUGAUGCCUUUUCCACUACCAGUCCAAAUUCCUCUUCUGCCGCACCAAGCUCUGCCAACACUAACCAUUUUAAAAUGAACGAGAUCCCAAGACAAGGCUCUAUCCCUCCAAAUACGGUUCAACCAGUUUAUGCCCAUCCAGCUUGGAUUCCACUAGUUACAGAUAAUGCUGGUAAUCAUAUUGGUAUUGAUUUGGCUCCAGGCCCAGAGGGUACUUAUGGCCAAGUUUUAUUAUUUGGAAGAGAAUUUGAUACUAAAUUUGUAGUUGCUCCUAAUUGGGGUGAUUUCUUGUUAUCUUUUGCCAACGAUUUGAUUCAAGGUAAUUGGUAUUUUGUUGGUGAAGAUGAUGAUUUCUUUAGCGGCGAAGGUGAUUUGGUAUACAGAGAUAAAGUUCAUGGUAGCAAUAUUAUUCAGGAUUAUAUGGAAGUUUUAAAGAAAAGAAGCUUUUUACAAUGGAAGAGUACAAAGAAAAGUGCUCCAGUUCCACAGCCUACAACUGAUGCUGGUGCUAACAAUAAAUUGGAAACAGAUACUCCCGUUGAUAAUGCCACUAGUAAUAAAAACGUUCGUAAGGAUGGUAAAGUAUUACAAAACGAAACGUUAGUCCAAGUGGAAACACCAAGAGAUUUCGCCGAUGACCUUGAAGAUGAACAAGAGGGGAAAACUAGUGUGAAAGAUGUUAUCGAUCACGAAGAUGAAAAAGAAGUAAAGACUAAUGUGAAAGAUGUUGUUGAUGACAUUGUCGAUGAGAACGAAGUAAAAAACAUUAAAGAAGAACCACUAACUCCUCAAAAUGCUAAUCAUACACCAAUACCAGAAAAAAAGGAAGUAAAGGAUGAAGUGGGUGAAAAACUUGAUAAAGAGGACGAUCUUACGGACAAGCAUGAAAUAGUAAACGAAAAGGAAGAAUUGGAUAAUAAGGAAAGUUCAGUUUCAAAACAAGAAAAAAAUGAUCACAAAGAGCCACUAGAGGAAGACGCUAAGAAAUCUACCGACUUGAAAGAUGUAAACCAAACUGAGGAAAACAAAGAAGAUUCUGCAACUAAAAAACCAGAUACAGAAACACCAGGCCAAGAAAAAAAAGAUGAAUUUGAAAACAUUGAAUUAUAA